UCCAUCCAUCCGGCGGCCAGAGAAGCCGAGAAGCCGGCUGCGCGCUUGCGCGAUGACCGGUUGAUGUUGUCCUGUGGUCGGGUGCCGGUACAGUUGCAACCUCUCCGCGAGACUCGUUCGUUGCACAUAAAUUCAGCACAAUGGAAGUUGCAGAUCCAAAGCUUUCCUAUAUUGGACAGUUCUGUGCGAAACACAGCCUCUCAGAGCCCGCAUUUCGGCUGCUUUUAACUGUACUUUUGGGCUACCCCCUGGCACUCAUUCACCGGUACUUCUUGUUUAAAAAGAACCCCAAUUAUCAGCAUUUCUACUUCGCAGCCUGUGGCCUGUACCUCUGCUGUUUUAAUUAUGGUUUCAAAACAUGUCAUUCUGUAAUCAAUAUUGGUGUUGUAUAUGGAGUGUUGUUGGUCGCCGGAGGGACAUUAUUUUCUGCCGUGUUCACCUUUGUCUUUUGCAUGGGUUACCUUCUUGCCGGCUAUUUCUUCACAGCAACUGGCGACUAUGACAUAACAUGGACUAUGCCACAUUGCAUCUUGUGCCUCAGGCUAAUAGGCUUGGCAUUUGAUGUCUACGAUGGACAAAAAGACCCUUCUUCUGCCACUGCAUCGACAAAGCUACCGCACGAUCAGAAAAGGACGGCACUUGAUAAAGUACCGACGAUACUGGAAGUCAUGGGACAUUCCUAUUUCUUUGGAGCCUUUCUAGUCGGCCCACAGUUUCCCAUGAAACGUUACAAAGACUUUGUGCAGGGAAGCUUCUUUAAGAAAGAUUCAAAGCCAUCGUGCAUAAAACCAGCAUUACUUCGCUUGGCCCUGGGGCUUCUUGUACUCGCAUUCAACCUGUUUGGAAGCAAGUUCUACGAUGACAAGUACAUGCUCUCCGACCAGUUUCUGCAAUACAACUUCCUCAUGAGGUUUCUUCACAUGGGAGUAUGGCAAAUCAUAACACUACACAAGUAUGUCUCCUGUUGGUUGUUAGCAGAAGGCAGCUGUAUAAUGGCAGGAUUGACGUACAAUGGUGAGGACGAAAAUGGAAACGAUCUCUGGAAUGGUUGCGUCAACAUCGAUGUUGCCUUGUUCGAGACUGCAACCACUUUUGGCAAUCUCAUCAAAUCAUUCAACAUCAACACCAACCUCUGGGUGGCCCAGUAUAUCUUCAAGAGGCUUAAAUUCUUGGGGAAUAAAGACGUGUCUCAGCUAUCAGCACUGCUGUUUUUGGCAGUGUGGCACGGACUACACUCGGGAUACUACGUCUGCUUCUUCAACGAGUUCAUCGUGAUGAAGUUUGAAAGAGAUGUGAUUGAAAUAAUUGAGAGGCUGCCUAGAGUCAAGCACAUUGUGUACCACAAGUACCUGCACAUACCAAGGCUCAUCAUCCUCAAAGUCUUUGUCAUGGGCAUGUUUGGCUACUGCAUCGUUCCAUUCGUUCUUCUUUCCUUCGACAGAUAUAGUGAGGCCUACUCACGAGUUUAUUGGUGCGGACAUAUUAUCUACCUUUCCUGGAUCCCUCUAUCACCGUACGUGCUCAAAGCCAUUCCAAGGCCAGCCACCAGCAAGAAGGCAGACUAAGUUCAUCGCCAUACUAAUGGGCAGCGACAUCUUAUGUCCCCCCAAAGUGAAACUAUAGAGUAUGGUGUUCUCAUAACAAUUUGGUGCAAUUUGUUUUGUAAUAAAACAGCUCGGUGCUUGUUCAAUGAAAUGCAGGGCAACUAUCGAUUACAGUUUUUCGAACUUUCAAAGGAGGAGUACAUGUGAGAAUUCCAAGCAGCAUAAUAAUCUUGGCCCAGUAUCGGGUGAACAUCGGCAAUACUCGUCCAAUAUUGCCGAUGUCCAGCCGAUAUUGGGCCAAGAUAUUGUGCUGCUUGGGAAGCUGAGUAACUGGUAUCCAUUUAUUGCGAACCUGAACGCAAGUACAGAGUUGUUACUUUGUUACUACCCUGUAAGUGGAGGAAAAUACGUUUUUUUUGUUUUUUGUUUUUUUCGUAAUACAACCUUGUUUCAUGGUACGCAUUGUGGUGUUGCCAUACAGACAAGUGGGUUAGGUUAGUCUAGGCUAUUUAGAUGUGUUUUCAAUUUGCACUUUGAGAAAUGUGUGUCAGUGUGUGAAUGCAUAACGCUUUUACAACUUGUCACAAUCCUCUGCAUUGAAGCUCUACCAAAACAUGCUCCAAUGAGCAUUUCUGCAGACUUUUUACUUUCAAACAUGUCAGGCAGCACUGCAAUAAUGGCUAUCGUCAAAACUAGGGAGUAGCCGCAAGCAUGUUUUUCGUGAAAUUCAAUAGCUUAUCUCAUGCGUAUGCCUGUAGUAAACUAAUUCUUGCAAAUUGUAUUAGUCUUCUUUAACGUGUCCAUUUUGUGGAUUGCAUUUACAAAUAAUGACAUGAUCACAAGGAACGGAUGUCAUAAAAAAAUAUAUCAUCCCUGGCUGUCACCAGAAAAACAGUAAAUGUCCAACAAAAAAAGAGGUUGUGCCCCCUGGUCAACAAAAGUGACUCGUCCCAGUCCAAGGUCUUGUCAAUAUAUGUUGCAGGCACAGUUCUUGCAUGCUAUUUUUUUAACGGACGUGGCGCACUGUAAUAUGUGUGUCAAGUCAUUGCCACAUGUUAAUAUCACACUGUGUUUGCUUCCUACAGUAAUAUGGUAGCUCCAUCGGCCUGCCUCUGGCUUAAAACAACCGUACUCAACUUUACAGUAAAACUAGAAGGUGGUUUUCCCAUUGUGUCUCUGCACAAUGCUCCCUUCAGAGCAGCUUUAUGCAAAAUAUCUUGACAGCUGUUCCAAAUUAUCACUGAAGGAUAGUGAUAUUCUUUGCCUUUCCCAUUAUAGAAAUGAGUGUUCCUUCGAAAUACUCCAUAGACCAAAUUUUAUAUACUUCCAUAGAAAAUAGUCGUAGCUGGCACAACGUAGGUUCCAAGGUGUGAAUGAAGCAUGCACUUGUCUUGCCUCUUUUGUGUGUCUUCAGACAUGUUAACAUUGUUCAGCUACUGUUCAUGGAUGCAAUUGCAUUGAAAUUUACCAUUAUUGCUAAAGGAUUUGCAUCGAAGUUGACUGAGAGUGACAGAGUGAAAAGCUGUCUAAUAAGUAAUAAUAAUGACGUAGGUAUAUAGUUGUGAAAAGAUGUCCAUCAUGCUCCUUAUAGUUGCCUUUGAGAUAUACAUAGUAGAUGUAGUAGCAUCUUGUAUAAAGACAUCACUUUUCAUUGCAGUAUUUGAUACAUACAGCACAAAACAACCUGGAGGUACCUUUAUUUUUUCAGUUGUCAUGGCUGUUUCGCUCCUCAUUUGAAAUUCCACCAGUUUUAGCUUUUAUUACUUUAAUGCUGCAAUUUUAGGGAGAGGGUGGAGCAGUGAAAACAGUUUUGUUCUCUUCUUCCAAGUGAAACAUCCUUUCAUAACAAAGCUGACAAAUUUGAAGCUUAAUAGUACUGUAACAACUUUUUUGCGUGAAUUCCACCUCCGGAUGAGUCAUGGUGAAUGGAGCCUAAGGCUUAUGAAAUGCGGGACUGCAAUUUUAUUUGCAAGUCGUAAAGUGUGUGGCUUGCGCUCCACUUCACGCUAAAUUUACGAUUUCAGUACCCCCCACCCAAAUUCCUGUGAAUACGAUGUUUUUCAUGCGGAAUUUUUUGCCUCGCAUGAAAGGUACGCCGAUUCAUGCUUGCAAAGCUGAAAACACAUGGCUGGGAUUGCCUUUAGUGAUAUCAGUGGUAUUAGGCACUGUAAUGGUAUCUAGACUUGUGAAUGCUGGGCUGGAAUCUGGAUAAGGCUUAAAGUAGUACAGUGUACGGACCUAGAAAUGGGACGGGGUUACCUAGGCAAUUGUCCGUAAGUCCGUACGGGCCCACUCGCUGCUAGUGUGCCUCCCUGAGGGAGAAAUGCUCCGCAGCCGUGUUCCAUAAACUUUUGUCCAGCAUCGUACAUGCAAAAUGUAACAUUUUCCCUCGCACCAGGCUACACAGCCAGUAAGAAACAUUCAUGGGCAUGGAAACAUACUAGGUUUCCACAGCGCUGGUCUAGGUCAGCUUUCCGUUUGUGACAAAUCAAUAACUGGAAAUGACAUAGGUUUCAGAACUUGCAAGGCUUUCAGAACAUGCUGGUAAAACAGAAGGGCUAAAGUGAGACACUAUUGACGGUUCUCUCCAUGAGCAGCUACACGUGUUUCGAAAGAAACGAAAUGCUUGUGCACAACAAUUGGACUCUGGACGCAUUUUCGACUUUUGCCUCGGUACUUCUAAUUCACCAUAAGGGAACAUUGAGGGAUUGGUACACUUAAAAAAAAAAAGAAAUAGCACAAUGCUUGAUUACUGCUGCAAAAAUAUGCAUUCCGUACAAUAUACGCGGGUACGUGCACUUUUAGCCGUAGUCAGCUUGUUGCAUGACCGAAAUAAUUGAGGUUGCCCCUUUUCAGUGCACAAACUGAUAACUGUGUGUGAUACCUUGAGGAAAUUUCUCGACAAAUUUGCUCAUUCCUUAGGUACCUCAUUACCAUUGUUGUGCAAAACCAAUUCAACAAAUAGUAGGUCACAUAACGUGUGGAGUAUGAACUAAGCAUGCAGGUUAUGAUCGAGCAAUAUGCCGAGAAAACACGGAGGGUGAGGGGCCAUAAUGUGACAUGUUACAAAGUGACAAAAACUUCCCAAACUCAUUAGAAAGUCAUUAGAAAUGUUUUGUGCAGGAACCAGCACUAGAGAUUUGCAGCUUUAGUACUGCAGUAGCAGUUAGUAGUAUUACCAGAAAUUAAAAUAAUUCUUCCCCCAAUUCCUCUAAAAAUCAUUCUGCUAUAUAGUACAUUGUUUUGUGCUCAUAAGUUGACUUUGAUUAUGUAUGUUCUGUCUGUUAGUAGACUAGGUACCUAAACUAACUUAAUAUGAACUGAACUUGCCGCCCUUUUCACUUUUGUCCUGUAUCGAACCCGCCUGAUCUCUUGCCAUGUUUUAACAUACCGGUUACUUUUCUCUGACAGUUCCUGGUUUGCUUUGUGGUGUUCCACCAGCCUUUAUUGUAUGAAGUACAAUUAUUACAUAUUGUACUGAAGUAGAACUGUGACUAAGUUUUCUUUCUUGCCAUAUUGCUUUUGUUACUAGUGUUCACUGUGUUUGUACCUUAUCUAUUGCAGGGCCUGACGUUUUAGGGUUAUACACGAUUACACCCGAUAUUUAUCUCCCCCCCCCCCCCUUUCAAAAUAAGCAAAAACAGGAUUUAACCCGAUAUUUCCCCGAAAAGUGCUGGGCCAAGGGAUCUGGAGUCAUUACAACUAACACAGGUCUUUCGAAACUGUGUUGUAAAUGCGUAAAUAUACUCAUACAAACUGUCAAAACAGACACACUGCUGCAUGUUAGAUGCAUGGAAUAAUAUUCAUACUCUGUGUGAUGCAUAUUAUGCCAAAUAAACGGAAUACACCUGAUUCAGUCCGAUUCAACCAGAAUUUAGUUGAAUCAGGUUCAGUUCAACCCAAUUACAUCCGAAUUAUUUAAGCAAAAUAUAACCAGAUAUUUACAUCCCGAUGUUGCUGAAAAAUAUAACCCGAAAAAGUCAGGCCCUACGUACACUAUUUCCUGUUGAGAUCAUAUUGUCUUAUAUUAUUCUUCUGUGUAACAUUCAGUUCGCAGGCGCACAAAGAUUUUGAACUUGGCUACGAGAUAUCUAAUACGGAAGCACUGUUUUGUGGCACAAUUAUUGAAACAUUGUUUCUCAAUAGGAUUUCCAGUUACACUGAGUUCCGGUGGUGCUUUAUCAGUGCCUUAGCAUUGUAUGAAACGUCUACAUUAUGUGUGGGCUGGGAGAGGGCUACUUCAUGUGAUGAGUACGUUUUGAAUAUGGGUAGAAAUAAAACUAUUCACAUUGGA